UUAAAAAGAACAGUAAAAAUGGUAAGAAGAUUUAAUUUUGAAGGUGAACUUGCUAAUAACCUCACUUCCUGGUGGGUUACCUGUAUCGCUUCAUUUCCUGUUUACUUCCUCUUCCUGGUUGCUCUAAGAGGGAGAGUGACAUGCGGUCAUGCUCUGAGCCUUAUCCACAGCCAUCCACUUGGGAACAUUGUUCAGGCAACGCCUUUUCACCGCUUGUCAAAUGAAGAUUCUGAGUAAAAAGUCAACUCUACUCGGACUCCUGUAUUUAUUGACAGAGGUUUAGCUUGGUGUUUAAUCAGAGUUGCUACACUCUGCAACAGAACACUACAGUGAAAAAGCGGCACUCGAUGGUCCUACGUGUUCGUGAUGGCAGCAAGCAACAAGUCAUCGGUAUCAAAUACCAGGAGCAACGUGACAUCAGCAUCAUCUGUAAGUGCGGCUCGCGCCAGAGCUAAAGCAGAAGCUGCUAAGGUACGAGCAUCAUAUGCUAGCCAGGAGGCUAAAUUAAAACUGGAAAAGGCUGCUAGAGAAGCAGAAAGGAAAACUAGAGAAGCUCAAAAUCAGUUGGAAGCCGCUAGAAUUGAUACAGAGCUGGAAGUGCUAACAUUAAAUCGUGAAGCAGACGCAGCCAUCGCUGAAGCACAGGUGUUAGAAGAUGUAGCAGAAAUGCAUGGAAAUGUAGAAAAUGUGAAAUCUGAGUCAGAAGACAGGCUUAGAUUGCAACGUAUUAGUGAAUAGGUUUGCUCUCAAAACGAUCAGAAUCAGUCUACCUUUGCACCAGUAUCUGUCCCACCUGUUAAAUCUGUAGACUGUGCAGAAUCACAAGACAGUUUCAGAACAUGGCAUCCACCUGCAAACUUAGCGGAAUUCCAACAUAGCAAUAGCAAGCCCAAGCCUGAAGCGGAUGAUGGGACACAUCCACCCACAACAAACCUGUCUAAACUGACCAGAGCUGAAUCGAAGACUGACAUCGAAAGGACAAACCCUCGCACGUAUAUAGGUGCUCAGUCACAAACACCCCGGCAUAUGCUUCCAGUGAGCGUGUCACAACCACCAGACCCUCUGGCACAGUAUUUGGCGCGACGUGAUCUCGUCACGUCAGGACUGUACCAAUUUGAUGAUAAGCCAGAGAAUUUCCGUGCAUGGCGGUCCUCAUUCACUAACGCUGUGGCUGAGGUUCAACUUACAGAAACACAAGAAUUAGACCUCAUGACCAAAUGGUUAGGAAAAGAGUCUGGACAGCAAAUAAGAUGCAUACACUCAGUGCACGUGAAUAAUGCCGGUUUGGCUCUGCGCAAGGCAUGGGAGAGGCUGAAUGACUGCUAUGGUGCCCCUGAGAUGAUUGAGCAGUCGUUGUUUCAGAGACUUGACAGUUUUCCAAAAAUUGUGGCCAAAGAUCACAUCAGAUUACGUGAACUUGGGGAUUUGCUCAUGGAGAUACAAGGCGCCAAGGAGGAUGGAUACCCCACUGGGCUGUCGUAUCUAGACACCUCCAGAGGUAUUGGACCCAUAGUAGACAAGCUCCCAUAUGGGCUCCAGGAGAAGUGGGUGUCAUCUGGGUCAUGGUACAAAGAGGAGAACAACGGCUGCUUCCCUCCCUUUAGUUACUUUUGUAACUUUGUCUGUCAUGAGGCAAAGAAGCGAAAUGACCCCAGCUUUAUUCGUCAAAGCAACGGCGCAAACCCCACAAAACCAGAAAGAUUACCUAUGAAGAGCUUUAACACCAACAGGUCUAUCGCAGUUCACAAAACAGAUGUCUCUACAAUCAACAACGACCCUAAUAAGAACUGCCCAUUGCACAAUAAACCUCAUCCACUUAAAAAAUGCAGGACAUUCAGAAACAAGUCCAUCGAUGACAGAAAGGCCUUUCUAAAACAGAAAGGAAUAUGCUUCAAGUGUUGUUCUUCAACUUCACAUGUUGCCAAAGACUGCAAAUCUUCCGUGAAAUGCUUAGAGUGUGAAAGCAUCUAUCAUGAUGCAGCCAUGCACCCUGGCCCACAACCUCAACUCACCAAGGCUCCUCCACCACCACAAGAGAACGGCGGGGAUGGAGAAGAUGAUUCAAACGUAACUGAUGUUAGAACCAGCUGCACAGAGAUUUGUGGCCCCGGCCAGUGGGGUCGUUCUUGCUCUAAGAUCUGCCUUGCAAAGGUCUACCCCAAACAUUCAAAACACAAAGCCAUUAAAGCUUAUGUAAUCCUGGACGACCAGAGCAAUCGCUCUUUAGCCAGGCCAGAGUUCUUUGAGCUGUUUGGUGUGGAGAACAAACCACUCUUAUACCAUCUCAGAACAUACUCCGGCGUCAUCAAAAUGUACGGCAGGAAGGCAGAAGGAUUCCAGAUAGAGUUGUUGGAUGGCAACGUUCUCAUACCUCUUCCACCACUCCUUGAGUGCCCUGAAAUCCCCAACAAUCGAGCUGAAAUCCCAACACCAGGUGCAGUUUUGCAUCAGCCUCAUCUCCACCAUAUAGCCAAACACAUCCCCGAUCUGGACCCAGAAGCUGAGAUACUCCUGCUGCUCGGGAGAGACGUGCUUAGAGCACACAAGGCCAGGCAACAAGUUAACGGGCCACACAACGCUCCCUUUGCACAACGUCUCGAUCUAGGCUGGGUGGUGAUAAGGGAGGUGUGCCUAGGUAAUGUGCAUAAGCCAACGGUUGACACAUUCAAGACCCAUGUGCUAGACAGCGGUCGCCAUUCCAUAUUUCAGCCCUGUGCAAGUUUCAUGCAGGUCAAAGAAACACAGCCAAGCUUCAGCAAGUCUAACAAAAUGCCAGAGAGGAUGCUAGGACACACAGUGUUUAACCAAUCUGAACAUGAUAACAAACCUGCCCCAUCAAUAGAAGACAUCCUCUUCCUAGAGAUCAUGGAUACAAAUGUCCACAGAGAUGACACUGGUAGUUGGGUUGCUCCAUUGCCGUUCAAGGAGCCACGGCAACGUUUGCCAAAUAAUAAAGAGCAUGCGGUCAAGAGGUUUGAAUCCUUGCAACGCCAAUUCAGGAAGAAACCCGAGAUGCAGAAACAAUAUGUGGCAUUCAUGGAGAAGAUCAUUGCCAAUGGUCACGCAGAGGUGGCACCACCCUUGAGGGAAGAUGAAGAGUGCUGGUUUCUUCCAUCAUUCGGGGUAUACCACCCACAAAAGCCCAACCAAAUCAGGGUGGUUUUUGAUUCCAGCGCUCAGUACUGCGGGGUCUCCCUCAAUGACGUGCUUCUGACUGGUCCCGACCUCAACAAUUCUCUCUUGGGUGUCCUUCUACGCUUUCGAAGGGAGAGAGUAGCUAUCCUCGCCGACAUCCUACAAAUGUUUCACUGCUUUUUGGUCCAUGAAAGGCACCGCAACUUCCUCCGGUUUUUGUGGUAUGAGGACAACAACCUCACCAAGGCAGUUAUCGACUACCGCAUGAGGGUUCACGUCUUUGGCAACUCACCAUCUCCGGCUGUGGCCAUCUAUGGUCUGCGAAGAGCCAUUGCUGAAGGUGCCCAGAAGUACGGUGCCGACACAGUGAAAUUUGUGGAAAGGCACUUUUACGUGGAUGAUGGCUUGGUGUCUCUCCCAUCUGAAGCAGAAGCAAUCGACCUUCUCCAACGGACUCAGGCUUCACUUGCUGAAUCAAACCUCCGCUUGCACAAGUUUGUGUCGAACAGUCCAGCAGUCACUGGAGCUUUCCCGCCAGAAGAUUGUGUCCCACUCAUCAAGGCUCUGGAUUUGAGUGGGGAGACAGCACCCAUGCAGCGCAGCCUGGGUUUGCUGUGGGAGAUCAGAAAAGACACAUUCACAUUCUCUGCAUCAACUGUUAUCAAACCUUUCACCCGACGUGGAGUCCUCUCUACCGUCAAUAGUGUUUUUGAUCCGAUGGGUAUGCUGGCACCUGUCACAAUCUAGGGACGAGCUCUUCUUAGGGA